AUGAUGGGCAAAAACACUGUUAUUGGUACUCGCACACCAGGUAAAUACAUGGAAGACGAUGGAAAGAGUGGUAUCCAGGACCCUGAGGAGUACAUUCACCCUUCAGUGCGUAUUCGAUACCUCUACAACGGAUUAGGUCUCGAUGACGCAGACGAGUGGGAAUGUGCGGCUUUGACAAAGAACGGAUACAAGCUCCAGAAAAGCGCGGGACCUCCUCAGCUAGAGGACCCUUACCCAAAGGGCCCCAUCGCCUCUACCUAUGAAACCUUGAGUGGAAAAGUAUCCUCGGUAUACGGUGGUCACACAGUGGACACUCAGUCUCACGAAAGCCACACGCUCGUCGUUCACCAGAUGCCCUUCGAAGCUGACCUUCAUCCUCUUGACCAGCCCCAAAACAACUGGGUCUGGACUCAAGGCACUGGAAAUGGAAAGUUGACCCUCCCCGAGGAGCGUAUUGGCAUGUGGGAGCGUCUGUUCAUCAACAUAAACCACAAGAUGGUUGAGAGACAAAACAGAGAGGCGGUGAAACCGACCCAGUCUCAGAAGCGGACUUUGAGAGAGCGGAUCUUCGACAAGUACUAUGUCAUGAAAGGUGCAGCUGGUAAAAGACUCAGCGGCAUUAUUGGCAGACUUCUUGGUUCGUCAGCAAAGCUCAAGCCUCUGGACCAUCCCCAGAAGUACGGGUACCAUGAUCUCGUCUCCUGGCAGCGUGGUGACGUGACGAAGGCGCGACAAAGAAACACAUGGGAGAGCCAAGAGACCGGGGCUUCAUGA